AUGGGCAUCCUUGAUCAUCCAUCAUCGUCAGGAAGUACCAAUUCUGUGCCACGUGGCAUCAGCUCAACGUCUUCUGGCGCCACGUCAUCUGGAUCUGGAGGCGUUUUCGGCAUCGAUUGGUCAAAAUGGUUUCCCCCACUGACGUCACGAUCUUUGCUCUCACACUAUCUCCCGGCGUCCGGUGCCGUCUCGCACACACUCUACACUGUUCACUUGUUCAGUCCGAAUAUCAUUUCCAGCAUCUUCCCAACUGGGGAUCUGGCGGUGAGCAAUACGAUUCUGUUCAAUGCGAACGUGGGACUCGGCUUCUACGUGUAUUUCAGAAGACAUCUGCAUCGUGUCAAUCCGUGGGAACGAGUGGAAUUCAGCGUCCUCUCGUCCACACUGUUCAAUUUCGGAAGUCUCCUGGCUGCGGUCCUCAUCAAAGCCCUAUUCCCAACGAAGACGCCAACAUGGCUGAAAUCGCUCACGGCUACCGUACUCAGUGGAUAUCUCCUAUCACGUGCCGCCAAAUAUAUGGGCCUACUGGAUCAUCGCGCGUCUGGAAGAGGCUCGGUGUCGCCGGCGAGAAGCGUGCGGUCGUCGCCACGACACACUGCUCAAUCGCUGAUUGCUCAUCAGAAUCCGAAUCAGAAGACGCCGUCGUCGUCGUCGUCACCACCGCCGUCAGUGACGUCAUCUGGAUUCUUCUCCACGUCUCCACAGACUCCACCCACCACCACGCUGCCUCUGGAGACGUCAAAUGGAGGACAUCUGAAGAUGACGUGGCAACCAAUGACGCCUUCAGCCACUGAACCAUCGGAAUUUGAGACGUCAGAUUUUGGGGCUUCAGAAGACGUCGGGGAUUCAGAAGACGUCGAUUUUCGGCGGCCAACAUCAAAUUAUCGCUAUUUGCACUCGUAUGCGCUGAAUAACCUUGGAAAUCCUUAUCAGAAUCAGAAGACGGGCCAGACGAUUCUACGUCGAACGACGAUGAAUUCUGGAGGGAUUCAGAAGACGUCAAAUCAAUCGAUAUCUUUUGUGACCCCAGAACCAUCCCUGAUAAACCACGCCCCCUACACCCCGCCCCCUUCACGUCUUCAGAAUUCUAAGACGACGUCAUCUGGAAAAUCUGAAAAAUCCAGAAGACGUCAAAUUCGAAAAAAUAACGAAAUUGACGAUUUCGAUAAGAUUCUAGACUUCUGUCAAAGCCACGCCCCCUUUUUCAUUGUACCCAUUGCCCUGGGCUGCUGGGCGACAGGUACAGUACCCCUGAUUGGUGCCACGUGGCAAUUUUUGUUUUAUUGA